CUCGGGAAAAAAAACACUGAGUAGUUACAACUGCGGGCAACAGGCGAGCUGCUCACAGCGUAGGAAGGAGAAACAUCAUCCAUAUCAGACUAAAACCAGACUGUGGCCAGACUAAGACCAGCCUCAGAUCACACUGAGAUCAGACUCUCUCUCUCUCAGCAGCAGCCAGUACUGAACCCAGAGAGGAGCUGGUGAACACGGAGCAGUCAGUCCGCUUCUCUUCAGGCACUCAUGGCGCUGUGUAACGGGGAUACCAAGCUGGACAUCAGUGGCGAACCUAAAGAUGCACUGUGUGAUUAUGAGGGGGCCGUGGUCAUCCUUGACGCCGGGGCACAGUAUGGGAAGGUGAUUGACCGGCGAGUGCGAGAGCUGUUUGUCCAGUCGGAGAUCCUGCCACUAGAGACCCCAGCCUUCGCCAUCAGAGAACAGGGCUUCAGGGCCAUCAUCAUAUCUGGCGGUCCUAACUCAGUCUACGCAGAGGAUGCGCCCUGGUUUGACCCCGCCAUAUUCACCAUCGGAAAACCUGUCUUGGGAAUCUGCUAUGGCAUGCAGAUGAUGAAUAAAGUGUUCGGCGGCACGGUGCACAGAAAAAGCGUCAGAGAAGAUGGUGUGUUCAGCAUCGGGAUAGACAACUCCUGCUCACUUUUCAGGGGACUACAGAAAGAGGAGAUGGUGCUGUUGACCCAUGGUGACAGUGUGGAUAAAGUAGCAGACGGAUUCAAAGUCGUCGCCCAGUCUGGCAACAUUAUUGCAGGCAUUGCUAAUGAACAGAAGAAGCUCUAUGGCACUCAGUUUCACCCUGAAGUGGAUCUGACGGAGCGGGGCAUGGACAUGCUGCGGAACUUCCUGUUCGAGAUCGCUGGCUGUACCAGUAACUUCACCGUACAGAACCGCCAGCUAGCCUGCAUCCGAGAGAUCAGGGAGAAAGUGGACAAGUCCAAAGUGCUGGUGUUGUUGAGCGGUGGUGUGGACUCCACAGUAUGCACUGCCCUGCUGAAUAAGGCUCUGAACCAGGAUCAAGUGAUCGCCGUCCACAUCGAUAACGGCUUCAUGAGGAAGAGAGAGAGCCAGAGCGUGGAGGAGGCACUCACCAAACUCGGCAUUAAACUUAAGGUGGUAAACGCGGCGCACACGUUCUACAAUGGCACCACGACGCUCCCCAUCUCGGAGGAGGACCGGACACCCAGGAAACGCAUCAGCAAAACCCUUAACAUGACCACCAACCCUGAGGAAAAGAGGAAGAUCAUCGGCGACACCUUCGUCAAGGUGGCGAAUGAGGUGAUUGGUGAGAUGAACCUGAAGCCAGAAGAAGUGUACCUGGCACAGGGCACGCUCAGACCGGACCUGAUCGAGAGCGCCUCUCACCUGGCCAGCGGCAAAGCCGAGGUCAUCAAAACGCACCACAACGACACAGAGCUCAUCCGCAAACUCAGAGACGAGGGCAAAGUAAUCGAGCCGCUGAAAGAUUUCCACAAGGAUGAGGUGCGGGCGUUGGGCCGAGAGCUGGGGCUUCCCGAGGAGAUCGUCUCUCGACACCCUUUCCCUGGUCCAGGUUUAGCCAUUAGAGUCAUCUGUGCUGAUGAACCGUACAUCUGCAAAGACUUCGCUGAGACCAACAACGUCCUGAAAAUCAUCACAGACUUCUCCGCCAGCGUGAAAAAGCCACACACACUGCUGCAGAGAGUGAAGUCGUGCAUAUCAGAUGAGGAAGAGGAGAAACUGAUGCAGAUCACCAGCCUUCAUUCACUAAAUGCCUUCCUGCUGCCAAUCAAAACCGUGGGCGUCCAGGGUGACUCUCGGUCGUACAGCUACGUGUGCGGGCUGACCAGUAAAGAAGCUCCUCACUGGGAAUCUCUCAUGUUCCUCGCCAGACUCAUCCCUCGCAUCUGCCAUUCCAUUAACAGAGUUGUAUACGUCUUCGGGUCACACGUAAAGGAACCACCCACUGACAUCACGCCCACCUUCCUGACCACAGGCGUGCUGAGCACACUCAGACAAGCAGACUUUGUAGCCCACUCCAUCCUGAGGGAGUCUGGCUACUCGAGUAAGAUCAGUCAGAUGCCCAUCAUUCUGGUGCCUCUGCAUUUCGACCGCGACCCACUGCAGAAGCAGCCCUCCUGCAGGCGCUCCGUCGUCAUUAGAACCUUCAUCACCAGUGACUUCAUGACCGGCAUCCCUGCCACGCCCGACAACCACAUCCCUGAGGAGGUGGUGCUGAAGAUGGUCAGCGAGAUAAAGAAGAUUCCCGGCAUCUCCAGGGUGAUGUACGACCUCACAUCCAAACCUCCGGGAACCACAGAGUGGGAGUAGAGCAGAGUGGUGGACUGGCGCUCUCCCCUUUUUCUUUCUGUUCCUCCCCUUCCCCUCCCCCCAUCUCACUAUACCGGUGUUGCCACACUCCCUAAAGCCCCCACCCCACAACCUUCAGAGAACACAACAUUCCCUAUGAUGGCAGGCAGUACUGUGAUUAGCACACACCCGAAGCCGCUACUUCAACACUGCCUCAUUUUCUGGGGCUUUUAUUAUUAUUAUUAUUAUUAUUACUAUUAUUAUUAUUAUUGAAUGAAUGAACAGCUCAUCAUUGGUUUCUAAUGAUGGUACAAUUACUUAGUUUAUUUCAGGUAUCAGCCCUCUGUGUUGUGACAGGUUGUUACUUUCCUGCAAACGCUAAAACGUCAAAGGUCAGAUUCCCGGCAGGCCGUCGUGUCCUGGCGGACUGUGACACACAGAUAAACAGCUUGUUGACAGGCAGUCGAUUUGAGAGGUUUUUCCAGCGUCGCUGCUUUAUUUUCCUCAUAAACCAGCUCUGGUGCACUGCUGGCUUCUUGAAUCUUUUUAUUUCUCUCUGAAGUCUCUGGCGGUAUUUAUUAUGAAAUCAGCUGCGGGCAGUAGUAGCUCAUUCACCCGUUGAUG